GCCUAUAUAAAGCAGAAGCCCGGAGCCGCACCUCCCAGACCGGAGCCCAGAGGCGCCCUGCCCAGCAGCCCUCCUGGGGAGCAGGCCCACAGCACGAUGAUAAGCCCUUACUGCCUGCUCCUCCUGCCGCUGGGCGCCUGCUUUCCUCUGCUGGGCACAGAAGAGGCCGCCGCGGGUGGCGUCAGAGGCGAAAUGGGCUGGGCCCACCUGCCCGGGGGACACCGAGUCUCCCUCCCACGGGGCUCCCCCCGGCGGCCGAGAGCUCCGCACCCACUGGGCCUGCUCGUCGCGGCCAAGGAGCUGCAGACGUCCGGCAGGCAGCGUGCUGGCUUCAGGGUCCGGUUUGGGAGGCAGGAUGACGGCAGCCAGGCGACCGGCUUCCUCCUGGCGGAUGGCGACAAGGCUAGCGGACCGUUGGGGACCCUGGCUGAGGAGCUCAGCGGUUACAGCAGGAAGAAAGGCGGCUUCAGCUUCCGCUUUGGCCGGCGGUGAAGGGGCCAGGGCAUCCUGGAAGGGGCUUCUCCGUGGACCCUCCCCGCUGCUGCUUCCAACCCCCCUGCCCUGUCUUCUCCUCG